AUUUCAUCUUCGUUCUUCUUUUUUCGUCAAGAUUGGUGUUUCGUUUUUUUUUCUUUGAGCAAACUAACAUGAAUCGUCUGCGUGCUCUGAUCUCCCUCAUUCGGUUUCGUGCACCAUUUUCUUUCUUCAAGGUCGUCGUGCAUCUCUGUUGUCGUCCUCGUUUUUUUCGUAUAUUUCAUCGUUGUUUGUUCACAAUCUUAUGCUGGUCUGCUUUUUUUCUGCUGGCGAUCGUUUCUAAUAAUUUCGAACGCAACUACUACGCACACAGACGGACCCAACGCAACCCACAUCGCAACUUCCCCCAUAGUUCGUUGUAGCCCAUUGCAUUUUCCACUUCCCUCAUUCACUUCUACAUUUUCCACGACCACGACACUUGUGUUGUACCCGAUAAAUAAACACUUCGGUUUCCGCGAGGACAUUCCAAAUAGGCACACAAAACUAGCACGAGUACGACGAGCCAGUACUUGAAAAGUAACCUACUUUUCUCGUCAUAUCUGAGCCCUUGUAGGUUGUGCCACGCCCGCCGACUUACGGGGGUAGAAGACACGACCCCAGAAGAUGGAAGUCGUCAAGAAGACCCUGGAGUCCGCACAGCGGUUCCUAUCCGGGUCAUCGAGAUCUGCGUCGGCAGAGGCGGACGGCGAAAGGGACAUCAGGGCUGCGCCAGAUCUUGCUGCGGUGACGUUCACAAAUGAGCUGAUACAGUUGGCAGCUGCAGGAGGGCCGCCGGCCUCGAUUGCUGCACCUACCGCGAUAUCUUUCGGUCGUAAAACAGCAGCAUCUUCUUCCUCCUCUUCCGCAAACAGAGGUCGUUCACCGACGGUUAGGAACCUUUCUUCAUUGGACGAGGAGGGUUUUAUCUGCACGCCAGUGGAGAAGGAGCCGAGUCGCUUUUCCGCGACCUCCGGCAUUCUGCAGAUCAGUGGCCAAGACGAGAGCUCCUGUGGCGCAGCGGACCGCGCAACGUUGGAUUUGUGGUACCAGGACAUCAUUGACGUCACCCCAAGUUCCUCUGCGUAUGACGACUACGACGACGAUUCUUUUGGAAAAGAAAAAUCGUCCCCUUCCAAGCCGGGCAGCCCGUUUAGGUACUACAACGAAGAGGAGAACACAGACGGAAAUUUUUCCCCGACCAACCGUCUGUCUGCGUUCGGCUCCGGGACGACAGGCGCGAACGCUGGCAGGGUCGUGUCUCUCCGGUCCUCUGGCCGCACCAGCACGAGCGCGCAGCAGUUCGGCAGUGGGGCGAGCAAUUUGCUGAACCAGCACAGCAGACUCUCGACGAACGUCUUGGGCGGAUCGGGCAGCUCCGUGAAAAUUAACACGACCCACCGUCCGAGCACCACGAACUCGGCGCUCCGCAACGCCGACGCGGCGAACGCGAACAAUUUGCUGCACAGCAAAUCCAAUCCGAACUCCCCCACGAUUUCCUCGACGAAGCGCACGAACAAGAUGUUCGACCCGUUUGAGGACUUGACGACCUACAAUCUCGACAAAAACAAGGGAACGCCGGUGUCGAACCGCAGCACGUUGACGCCGGGGAGCAACCGGACCGGGAGGACGAGCAGCGGAAACUUUUCAACGACAACGUCCUUAUUCCACACCACCUCGACCGCGUCCUCGCGUCAUCUCGAGCGCGUGAGUCUCGGCGACUCGUCAAACUCGCCGUCGCCGACCGCGUCCCCGGUCGGCAGGACCAAAAUCUCUUCCUCGCUCUCGACCGCGAACAAGCUGAACGCAAGCCUGAACAGCACGUCGGCCAGUGGUACCGGCUCGAGUGCGUCGAGCAGCUCGGGCAGGGAUGAGGUGGUGCGACGAAGUAACAAAACAAGGCUUAGCUACGAGGAAAUGCAACAGCAAAUGGAAGAAGGGUGUGCGCUAUCAAGGUAAAGUUCUUUCGUAGACAGUUUUAAAAGUAGUUGAACAUGAUGUUGAGAUGUAGGUUCGGUUGUCAAAGAAGUGGAGUUGCAUCUUGAUUCCAUUUCUACUUAACGUUUACGAAUAAAUCUAGGUGUCACGGUUGCGUGAGCGAAUCAAUCUCAAACCAAUUUGCUCAAUCAGGUUCUACGCCGCGGAAAUCACGGAUCGGCCGGACGAAGCCCCCCACGAGCCACUGGUCGAGUACUACAACGAAAACUUGGAGGUCGUUCCUAAGGCCAUUUACGACAAGCAAACGGGCCAGAAAUUUCAGCAACCGCCGUAUAAAAUCAAGAUUCUGACCGUGGAAAUUGUCCCCUCGUCGAUCUUGGAGGGGAACUGCACCCCGUCGCCGAAAGUGAACGGAAGGACGAAGUCAACGUCGCCAACCCGGACGAAGACGGCGUUUCAGGGCGUGAUUGAGUCGGAGUUUGGGGCGGAAAAAGUCAAGAAAUUCUUCUUGAAGCUGAAGCCUUCCAAAUACGCCGGCAACGGGCCGCAGUCCUUUCACACCAACAACGACAGCUCCAUGGCGGUGUGGUGGCACAAGAAGUUGACCGGGAACGUGCCAAAGGUCCGGGACGACCUCGUGUGCCCGGAAAUACCGAUCUUAGGCUCGAACCCGCUCGGCACGCUCGCGCACCUGGGCCAGCCGGGGAACACGCAAAUCAAUUUGUCCCAGCUGCAGAACACCAAUCCGCUCGGGAUUCCGCGCGCGAAGCUUUCCGCUCUCGCAAAGCACGAGGCCGUCGUCCCGGUUGGUGCGCCUAACAAAUCCCCGCACAUCGGCAUCGCCACACUUUUCCGCGGGAUGAUUGUGCCAAAUGCGCUGGAAACGUACCAGCAGCCCGGGACGUUCGGGAACAGCAAAGACCCCCGCAGCAUCUCGGAGCAGGCCAACAUGACGUCACCGCUGCACGGAAUUCCGAAGAUCAAGGUGCCGGUCUGCUGCAAAAGGAAGCUCUGCAGCGAUAAGGAGUUCCACCUGAGGCAAAUGAUGAUCAACUUGCAAUCGGUACUGCAACUGAUCUACGACUUCACCGGAUACGCCUUCGAUUUCAUGAUCGACAACACGCUGGCUUUCUGCGCCUGCUCCACGACGCGGGAGAAGGAGGAAGGCGUGAGCUACCCGAUGAUCAUGAUCAAUCUGCAGCGGAUUCCAAACAAAUUUGCAGUGCUGGCGCACAUCGUCGGACACGAAUACGGCCACAUCAUGCGCGGACACUUACGUAUUGAUAAUUUUUCGCAUCAUAAUAUUGACGCACCUGUCUCUUCUUGAACAAGCCACAGAGACGUCAUAUCAAGAUGGCAAAGGGAAAUUACCUUCUGAUGUUUCUCCUCACACUGUAGUGCCUAGUACUUCUCACAUAAAUUUGUGUGAUCUCUGAAUUGAAAAUCCAAAUCGCAAAAAAAAAAAACAGAACAACAAUGCCGGUGUCAAUUCGGGCCGUCCUCCUGGCAGCACAAGAUGUUGGAAUACGAGGCGGACCAGUUUUCCGCGCUCUUCAUCGCCACGAUGAACAUCGACCCGCGGGAGAUUUACCAUCAUCUGGCCAACGACGAGGUCCGGCUUCAACAGUUAAAGCACUUCGUGAACACCUUUUCGACCUACGGCGACAGGAACGAAGGGGCAAAUAGCAUGCAGUACGGGUCAAGCACGAGCGGCGGAAGCUCCGGCGCCCCGUCCUCCGCGGACAGCUCCAGUAGCGCCACGGGAAUGCAGAGGCUCUACAAAAUGUUUACGUAGAAGCGCUUCUGGAAGAACGGCUAUAAUCUGAGUGCUAGCAUACAAAAAUCACGUAGACCAUCAUGAAGAGUCACAUGCCGCAAAUAAGUAUAAGCUAAGGGAUCGGCAUCGCAUAGUCAUAGACCAUUGCAUAGUAUCAGGGCUGUAAAAUAUUUUGUUACGCGUUCCGUUUUUUCGAUUGUGCUUGCACACAAUUAACCACAUUUUGCAAUUGAGACAAAUAUUAACAAGACACUUCCAAAAUCAAAUUUACGCGUUUCUGACAAGGUAAAAGUUUCAACAACUCGCUUGCACCACCCCUUUAGACAUAUCAUCCCCACUAGCAGUACCCCAUUUCAUCUCAUAGGUUCUUACCCAGAAGCAUCAUUUUUUCGUUGCUGGCACCCUUCCGCCCGGAAGGAAGCGUGUUAGCGCGCGAACCCUCUCACUUCCACACACAUUUUUUUACAUAUUAGGCGCAUAUUCAUCACGUUACAUACUCACCGUUUCGUUUCACCUUAGCGGGGCUUAUGUUUCAUCCAUAUUAAAGACGCAUGAAAAUCUACAUACUCAUCUGGACCACGCACGACAGCACAAACGAUGGAGUGCUAUCGCAUGACACGACGACGGUUUUGGGUAUAUUUUUCAAACGUAGAGACGAGGAUAUCAU